AUGGCUUGCUGCUACAUAGCUGCCUUCUGCAUCAGCCAACUGGUCAACGCCUGCCAGUUUCUAGACCUCGAAAACUCGAUUCGAUACAAUGAGGACAAGCCCGAGUUGCAGUAUCCUGAGAGGCUCAGAACAGCCGACGACCAGAAAGUCGAGAGCAACCCGAUUGUUCUGUCGCUCUCAGGCAUGACAUGCUCCGCCUGCUCGAGUUCCGUAGAGGCCUCUUUGAACAGCCUUCCCGGUGUUGAUAGGGCUAGGGUAUCGUUGGAUCUUCAACAAGCAACUAUCGUUGAGAACAGUCCAAAUUUCGACCGAGAAGCGAUCAAGAAUAUGGUGCUUGAUCUUAGAUAUGGAGUGGAGAUUGGACCUCGAUCACCGAAGGAGAUAAUAGACGUUUUACGGUCCAAAGAGGAGAUUGCUCGGCUCAAGUCAAGUUUCUCUCAACUUGCUCAAUGCGCCACCAUCAUCCAGCUCGUCAGCUUGCUCCUCUCAAAUUUGGGCGAGAACGGCUAUCCUCACGGCUGGAAAUGGGUUCGAGGUGGAAAGCCGAACAUGAACACACUCAUCUCCUCAUCCGUCUCCCCCGGGACAGCCUUCUCAUUCCUCGACCUUCUGAUUCGAGGCCCUGUCAAAGCAACCCCAUAUUAUUGUUCAGUCAUUGAACUUGCUCUUGUGGUGGUUUCUGGGAGAUAUCUCGAAACCAUGUCCCGCCGGUCUGCGGCCGAACACUUGAUCAGGGUCUAUCAGCCGCUUCUGGAGGACCAAUAUGUCAAGACGUACUCGACGGGACAGAGCUUCCUUCGACCCGGAGACGAAAUCGUCAUCGAAUCCUUUUCCACCAUUCCGUGCGAUUGCUACAUCACUCUUGGCUCGGCUUCAAUCAACCAAGCAAUUGUAACAGGCGAAUCCAUGCCGGCCAAGAAGAGCGUCGGCGACUUCCUUCUUGGCGGCACUCAAAAUAUGGGUGAACAGCUUGUCUGCGUCGUGCACAAAGAACAGGGCAGCUCGUUCUACGCUCAGCUGGUACAGAGCGCCGUUGAAGCCUCCGGAUCCAAGUCGGAAGAUUUCCAGUUUUUGGACCUUAUGAUGAAUUACUUUGUCAUCAUUGUCAUGUCUCUGGCCAUUUUGGCGCCCCUGAAAGACAUUUACUGGUCAGCCCACUCGUUGAGCGACACGUUUCUUCGGGUGGCCAUCCUGCGUUGCAUGACGAUCCUGACCUGCGCGUGUCCAUGUGCAUUGGGACUAGCGAUACCCUCAGCAGUUGUAUCAGCUGCUAACGUCGCUGGCCAGAAGGGCAUAGCAACAUUAGACGUUUCGCGCUUCCAGACGUCAAAGACAUGGGCCCAUCAUACGGCAGACUUUUGGACCUACAUAUGUGCGAUCGAGGAACACACCAUGUCGACUCAUCCCCUUGGACGGGCCAUCUUCUCCGCCGGAGUUGCGCAUCUAGACGAUCCUUGGGUAGAGGCCAAGAUGGACCUUUGCACUGAAGGAGUAAUGGUUGAGCCGGGUAUGGGGAUUUCGGGGGAUGUGUCGAUAGCGAGUCAGCCGUGGCAGCACGUCACCAUCGGGAGUCUACGGUACCUGCAAUCCUGUGGCAUACUUGAUCUCCCAGAAACGCCCCAGGAGACCGACCGUGGAGUGAUAUCUGUUCACAUCGGUAUAGAUUACACAUAUGCCGGAACACUGUUAGUCACUGACGCCGUGAGGGAAGACGCCAAAGCUACGAUGAGACAACUCGAUCUCAUGGGUUGCGAGACCAAAAUGGUGCGUGACUAG